AUGCAGCAAGUCUUGCUGCAGUUGGAAACGGAGUACGAUUGGCGGCCGUUGCCGUUACAGCAGGUGGCGCUGCCCGUCUUGCUAGAUCAUCAUGGUAAGAAUCCUUUGGAGCCGAGGACUAUUAUUCGUGGACCGAAAGGAAGCGGGCGGACCCUGUGUCUAGCCUUGGCCGUAAUUUCGUUGCUGCUUUCGCCCCGACAAGGAGGACAAACAAAGGAUCAUCCACGGCCUACUUCAUCUUCUAUGUCUUCCUCAAGCAACAAUGAUCCUAUAGAAGAAAACACGACUUCUUUCAGUACGCCUCGUAAGCCGCGUAUCGAGAUUUUAGUCGUUACGCGAAGGAGUGACAAUUCUACUCAAGAGGAGGAGGAAUGCAGUCCAGACAAGGAGUUUGCUCAGUGGUUGUAUCACACGUUAUGGACAGGAGACUACGCAAGCCCUGCCACAGCCGCAUGUCCUUGUAUGGGUGCUGCUCCUGUAUCACACGUAAUGGACCCUGCUACAGGAGCAGCACCCAUACAAGGACGCGAUCCGGAGCACGAGGAUCAGGAUAGCCACACAUGUAGUACGAAGGCUGAGGUGGACGUCGAGAAGCUUAUUAUGCAAGUGAUUGCGCAAUUCAAUCCAAAGGAAAUGAAGGAGAUGGACGAGGGAGAUCAAGAUUUUGACAGGGUGUGGUGUACUACUGCGAAUGACCGCGUUUACAUUGCGGACGCGCACAAAUUGCUAUGUGCAAUCAUGAACGGCGAUGUGGAGGGAAACAGAUUUGACUUGGUCAUCUACGAUGAUUUUCACCUGUACGAUCAAGCAUCCAUUCUCCUGCGAGCCAAACUCGUGAAGACAUCGCGCAGAAGCAUUAUCGCAAUUGACGAUAGGACAGAAAAAUCCUGGGGUGGAAUGGAUGACAUACUUUCAGACGCACGAAUUAUCUCAGCACCUGCUGAUUGA